AUGCAAUUACCAAAAAAUAAAAUAAGAAAUGAGAAGUGAGAAAGAUACUGAUUGAUAUUGGGCCGACAUCGAUCGGAAGCCCAAUUAUCAAUAAUCCACAUCGAUUCGUCACCCCAAAUUCUCGCCGCGCAAUUUACACAAACUUUAGAGGUCAAUCUACGAUUUUCCGUUUGGUGAAACGACGACGCAUCAGCUGUAAUCCCCCUAAUUCUAGAAUCUUGCAAAACCUCCUCUCUGUUCACUACACCACUUUCAGCGUUUCUCUCCCUACGAAGGUCUCAAAAUCAGCGACGGCGAUGAAUCAACUGAGACGAGCUUCGACGAAAUGGAGCCGCCUAGUUGGCGGUAUCCGGCCGCCUUCCGCCGCCGUCACGCCGAAGCCGUUCUCCACCGAAGCAUCCAAGCCGAGCCUCGGCUCCUCCGACGAUCAGUUUCUUCGAACCCCGUCCACCGGUGUAGUUUAUGGGAGACUUCUUGAUAUCACAAAGCAUACAUCCAAGACUGAUAUAAUCAAUUUACUGGAUGCCAGUAAUUUGGGUCCGGAGAAGAUCAAAGUUGAGUACAAUCGAGGGUUUCUUCCUUUGUCAAUGCUGGUUGAAUUUCCCUCGGUAUCAUCUUAUGAUGCUGCCUUGAGGUCAAUUGCUAGGAAGGGCCAUUUCUAUAAUAUAAGAAAGGCUGAGAAAUCUGAAUGGGAUGCUGGUACACCUUAUGAUGGAAAAGCUAUAAUACUACUUGGGAUCCCCCGCAAUGCUUCUUUUGAUGAUGUGGAGCGCUUCCUUUCUGGUUGCCAGUAUGAUUCAUCUUCAAUUCAGAUUUCUGUCAGACUUACAAAUGAAGGCCCCAUCAGAAUGGCACUUGUUCGCUUCCCUUCCCAAGCUCUGGCCAUGCAUGCUUAUAUCACCAAGAACAGAGGCUUCUGUCUCAAUAAUCAAAUCACGGUGCAAGUCCUCCAUUAGUUCAUUUUUUUUGGUUCUGCUCGAUUUAUAUUUUCUUGGCAAUGGUUUCAGUUUUGUAGUUUUGUUCUGAUGCACAAGGUAGUGGUCGACUCUGCUAAGUUAUUUCUUCCGUUAAUGAAACUGUUAUGCGACCUUGUGAGGGAAAACAAUGUGUUUCUUGUUAGAGCAUAAUGUUGGUAGAGUCUUGGAAACUAUUUUUCCUUGGAGUGGCGUUAUCUUCUUCGCUCCACAAAUAUUCUCGUCAGAAAAUGAACAAAAGUAUAUAGUUUCCAUA